CCCGAAUGUACCUAUUAGCUGACACAUAAAAGCCCGGACUAAAGGCGCAGAAACCCGGACCGAAUUAUUACAAGGUUCGCACCACCCGGCGAUAACCUCACCCAAUCUCGACACCUCCUUUGUCGCUUGUCAUUGCAACCGUAUUCAUAGUAGUCUGCAACACCGAUUCGUCACCGAACGGUCCAGACCUCCGCGACCCCCCAUCACUGCAUCCGUCCAACUUCCGAAACUAGUCUUCGCGAAAAUCUAGUCGUCUUCACCGCAUCUUUUUCGGUUGUUCCGAGAAGCGCGUCAUCCUCUGCAUUCCAGCUCUGCUAGGCAAUAGUGCACACUUCACCACCUCAAACCACACCCACACCCACAUCCAGAUUACAUAAUGGCCGACCGUGGUCACUACCGCGGUGGCCGAGGAGGCGGCGGACAUCCCCGCGGGGCGCGGGGCGGGCGAGGCGGAGGGCGAGGUGGACACGGAGCUGACUCGGGCGCUAGCGGCGGUGCGCCGCAGGAACGGGAACGCCCAAAGAAAGAGAACAUCCUCGACCUAAGCAAAUACGUAGACAAGAGGAUCACCGUCAAAUUUAACGGUGGCCGAGAAGUCACCGGUACACUCAAGGGUUAUGAUGCGCUUAUGAACUUGGUCCUCGACGACGUGCAAGAAGUUAUGCGAGAUGAUGAGGGGAAAGAGGCGACUCGAUCACUAGGCCUAGUAGUCGCCCGAGGUACUCUGCUAGUAGUCAUCAGCCCAGUAGACGGAAGCGAGGAGAUUGAGAAUCCCUUCGGACAACAAGCGGAAGAUUAGAAUCCCGAAGACUUGCGGCUCAGCUAGUAAGAGGCCAGGAUAAUGAGAACUAGCGGGAUCUUUAAAUGUCCCCUAGGAGUUUAGCAUGGAAGAGACAUCUGUAAUUUUCAGCCGUAUGAA